GGCCGCAUGUUGGACUACACACUAUUUUUCGAGGAGAAGUCGUGUCACUCGAAGGUCUUCCGGCUGGCAGAGAGCAGCUAAGUCUCACUCAGCCGUAGAAGCCAAGUCCUCACGUGAUUCUCCCCUCAAUUCUAAACAUUUAUUGCCUCACUGUGAUUAGCUCCAACGUCAACGACAUAGCCUCGAACUUCAAUUAAAGGAGGUACUUAGUGUGCGUCAGGCCCACGGAUGUCACACUACAUUCCAUAAGUCAUUACAACAUCAUGAAAUCCGAGACAGUCCUCCUGAGUGCGCUUCUUCAGUGGUGUGAUCGGGUGAAGAGUGACCGCGAAGGCCUGCAAAGGUGUAAAAGGAGCCUUGAAGAUGCGAGCUUGCUGAGACAGGAAGUGAAGGAUGGCUACCCAUUAUGUACACUCCUUGACGAAGCAGUCUCGAAGCUUUAUGGCGACUAUCUUUCUGCGGGCAGAUUACUUGGAUGGGUUUCAUUCCCUCGUGUUCUGGAGGCUAUACGUGAUGAUGGGGGAAACCCACUCCGGUUUUGUGUGUCCAAAAGUACGGAUUUGACUGAACGUCUACGUCCCUUCCCGACUUUGGGAUUUGGCGACCGGCAUCUGUCCGAAUAUAAGUCUAUUCCCCGGGAUACUGCCUCAGAAGCGACUCUAAAGACAGUGAAGCAAUGGCUCCAUGGCUGCACAACAGACCACCCGCUAUGCAGUAAGGAUGACAACGUCAAGUUGCCAAGUAGGGUUAUUUGCAUCGGCACAAAGGCGUCUGAAGUACGUUUGCUUAAGACGAACGGCAAUGCUGGCAGAUACGCCUGUUUAAGUCACCCUUGGGGCAAGCGACCGUUGCUGCGAACACUUAAGAAGAACUUGUCUCAAUUCACCGAGGAAAUUCAGUGGUCGGCUCUCCCUCCGACUUUCAGAGACGCCAUCGACUUUACUCGCCGUCUUGGCCUCAAGUAUAUAUGGAUCGACUCCCUGUGCAUCAUUCAAGACGACCCUCUAGAUUGGCAGAGGGAAGCUGCAAAAAUGGCCGACAUUUAUCAGAAUGCCUUUAUCACAUUGGCAGCUUCCAAAGCAGUCGACUCUAGCCGCGGGCUUUACACUUCUUCCUUGGAUCCCAAACACCAAGCCCAGGCACUAUCACUCGUCAACGAUGUAGAUGACUCGAAGGUGAUGCUACACGCAUAUUCAGAACUGCUGCAUAUUGAUAGCUUCUGGUCCUACUUUCCGAUCACGAAGAGGGCAUGGGUGUUUCAGGAACGUCUGCUAUCCGGAAGGGUGGUACACUUUGCGGGAUCCGAAGUGAACUGGGAGUGUCGCUCGAAAAUGAUGUGUGAGUGUGGUGAGAUCUCAACCUCCACCUCUUUGCCUGAGAAGAUCCAGUUCUCUGGCAGUUUGGCCGAGCUGAGCGGGCAGUACAGUUCGAUUGCGGAAGAACAGUCCCCCUCGGCUCAAGGAAACGGCCAGAAUGACGAUCUAGACUACAGCAAGUUUACCCCUGCACUACUUCGCUCGCCCAAGUAGACCAAAAGCGUCAAAAUGUGGCGACA